UUUUCUGUAUCUGAAGUUCCUGGUAGUCUGGGCCCUGGUUCUGUUGGCUGAUUUUGUCCUGGAGUUCAGAUUUGAGUAUCUGUGGCCAUUCUGGCUCUUCAUCAGGAGUGUUUACGAUUCCUUCAGAUACCAGGGUUUGGCCUUUUCAGUAUUUUUUGUUUGUGUAGCAUUCACAUCAAAUAUCAUAUGUCUGCUCUUCAUACCAAUACAAUGGCUGUUUUUUGCUGCCAGCACGUAUGUUUGGGUACAGUAUGUCUGGCAUACAGAGAGGGGUGUGUGCUUACCAACAGUAUCACUGUGGAUACUUUUUGUUUAUAUUGAAGCAGCCAUUCGAUUUAAAGAUUUAAAAAACUUCCAUGUAGACCUUUGUCGUCCAUUUGCAGCACACUGCAUUGGCUACCCUGUUGUGACUUUGGGCUUUGGCUUUAAAAGUUACGUCAGUUACAAAAUGCGUCUAAGAAAACAAAAAGAAGUGCAGAAAGAGAAUGAGUUCUACAUGCAGCUGCUGCAGCAGGCUCUGCCCCCAGAACAGCAGAUGCUGCAAAGACAAGAGAGGGAGGCAGAGGAAGCCAAAGGAUUAUCUGAGAUGGAUUCCUCAAUACUCCUGCAGCACAAUGGAGGCAUUCCAGCCAAUAAAAAAAUAUCUGCAACGUUGCCAGAGCUUGAAUAUAGAGAAAAAGGGAAAGAAAAGGACAAGGAUGCUAAGAAACACAACCUUGGAAUAAAUAACAAUAUUUUGCAACCUGUAGACUCUAAAAUACAAGAAAUUGAAUAUAUGGAAAACCAUAUCAAUAGUAAAAGAUUAAAUAAUGAUCUUGUAGGAAGUACAGAAAACCUCUUGAAAGAGGACUCAUGCACUGCCUCCUCCAAAAACUACAAAAAUGUCAGUGGGGUGGUGAACUCCUCACCUCGCAGCCACAGUGCAACCAAUGGGAGCAUCCCCUCCUCAUCUACUAAAAAUGAGAAAAAACAGAAGUGUGCCAGCAAGAGCCCCAGCACACACAAGGACUUAAUGGAAAACUGUAUUCCAAAUAACCAGCUAAGCAAACCAGAUGCACUGGUAAGGUUGGAACAAGAUAUUAAAAAGUUAAAGGCUGACCUGCAAGCAAGCAGGCAGGUGGAGCAGGAGCUCCGGAGUCAGAUCAGUUCUCUGACCAACACGGAGCGGGGAAUUCGGUCAGAAAUGGGACAGCUCCGGCAAGAGAAUGAGCUGCUGCAGAACAAGUUACACAAUGCUGUACAAAUGAAGCAAAAAGACAAACAAAUGAUCAGCCAGUUGGAGAAGAAACUAAAGGCAGAGCAGGAGGCACGAGCCUUUGUAGAAAAACAAUUAAUGGAAGAAAAGAAAAGAAAGAAGUUGGAAGAAGCAACUGCUGCACGUGCUGUUGCAUUUGCUGCUGCUACAAGAGGAGAAUGUACUGAAACUUUACGAAAUCGUAUCAGAGAGCUGGAGACAGAGUGCAAGAAGCUGACAAUUGACAUCAAGCUGAAGGAAGAUCAGAUACGAGAACUAGAAAUGAAAGUUCAGGAGCUGCGGAAGUACAAGGAAAAUGAGAAGGAUACGGAGGUGUUAAUGUCAGCACUUUCAGCCAUGCAGGAUAAAACACAGCACUUAGAGAACAGCCUGAGUGCAGAGACAAGAAUCAAGCUGGAUCUGUUCUCUGCGUUAGGAGAUGCAAAACGGCAGCUGGAGAUUGCCCAAGGGCAAAUCAUUCAAAAAGAUCAGGAAAUCAAGGACCUAAAACAGAAGAUUGCAGAAGUUAUGGCAGUCAUGCCCAGCAUAACAUACACUGCAGCCACCAGCACUCUGAGUCCAGUUUCCCCCCAUUACUCUUCCAAAUUUGUGGAGACCAGCCCUUCUGGACUUGAUCCCAAUGCCUCUGUUUAUCAGCCCUUGAAGAAAUGAAUGCCAAUUUUCUUUUUGCCCAGUAAUUUUGUCAUGCUGAAGGCAUCACACAGGAGUGUCUCUUGCAGUCAAGAUGAAAUUGUAUUGUGUGAGACUGUAUUUGUUGUCAUUUAAAACAGGAUUAAAAGAACAUCUGGAUUGACUAGAACUGCCCAUCAGUUUUUCUUGUAAAUUUUUAGAAAACCUCACAGAACUUUGCAAUUUAUUUUCCUUGGCCAAUGCAUUAAAAACAAUUCUUGGUUUUCAAGUAGCCAAUUUUGCCUUUUUAUGUACUCUUGCAUGGUUUCCUCUUGAAAAAUACAGGGCUUUGCUUGAUUUUGAACCCUUUCUUCUUUUUUUUUAAUAAUCAAGUUGAAUUUGCAGAUUAAUUCAGUAAUAGUGAGGGAAAAACCAAAACACUUUAGUUUUUACAGUGAAAGGGUUAAAUAAUCUAACAAAGCUUUGGUUUCUAGAUGUAUUAAAUACAAAUAUGUGAUGUUGCAGAAGAUAAUUUGAUUUACCCCUCAAAGGACCAAACAAAUUUCAGGGGCUUUGUUUAAGGAGAAGAGUAAGAGAAUAGAUGAUGAUGUGACAUGGUGGUUGUUGUGUGAAAUAUUUAUAAUCCCAUUGGUGUUUUUAGUCAUUGAGAAUUGCUAACAGUCUUGUUCACAGUGCCUUGGGAAAAGACAUUUCAAGAGGAAACUUGAUAGUUUAAACUAUUUUUUCCCCCUUCACUGUCAUCUAGCUUAUAUAUCAAGCUCAUUACAGAGUCUACUGCAAAUUGUACAUGGUAAUUUGGAUGUUCAUUAUAAACCAAGGUUACAUCUUCUGUUUAUUUUGAUAUAAACUCAGCAGUGUUCUGUAACUUGCCUUGAUUAUACUGCAUUGUGGAAGGCACAAUAUUACUACAGGAAAAGUUAUUGUGAAGGCAGAACUGUGCAAUGUACUGUAUACAAGAGACUGUAAAGCUGGCUAAUAAAAGCUGCAGUUCUGGGUUUUUUUUUUUUA